AUCGAUGCAAAAAGUUCCCCUCGAGCUUGGCUUCGUCUGUUAGAUGAAUGUGAGAAAGUUAAAAAGCAGAUGUCGGCAAACCAGACUCCUAUUCCUAUAAAUAUUGAGUGCUUCCUUAAUGACAAAGAUGUUACUGGCAAAAUGCAAAGAUCUGAAUUUGAAGAGCUGGGUGCUCCCUUAUUCGAAAAAAUUCGACAACUCUUACUGCGCUUGCUUGAAGAGACUGGAGUAAAGGUAUGCGAUCUGGUAUCUCGUAUUUCUAAUAUUACCACUUAUUGUUUACAGAAGGAGGACAUAGAUUCUGUUGAAAUGGUUGGAGGAGCUGCCAUGCAAUGCGCCAUCCUUUCCCCUGCAUUCCGUGUCCGUGAAUUUUCCAUCAAAGACACACAACCAUAUCGUAUUAAGAUCACUUGGUCAGGUGGUGCCUCUGAGGGCGGUGAAUCUGACGUGUUUGUGGAACGUGAUGAGUUCCCAUUCUCAAAAAUGGUCUCGCUCUAUCGAUCUGACACAUUCCAAGUUGAUGCUCGUUACGCACUUCCAAAUACUGUUCCACAUACUACAUCCGUAGUCGGUGAGUAA